AUGAGUGGCAGAGUGUGGACUUCCGAGGUGAACUACACCUACUCGCCGGAACAGCUUCUCGUCCUGGUUGGAAAACUGCACAAGCAACUGCUGGGUUCCUUGGCUGCAGUGCGACUGGCAGCCUUACCGGCGCCGUUCUCCGUACUUCCUUUUCACAAGAUGCUCCCUUUUUCGACCCUCUCCGCAUACUGCUUACUUCGCGCGCGGAUGGUGGGACUUGGCAAGGCCGCACCCACAAAUACACGCACGCUCGCGCAGCAUAUCUAUUCUAUCAUGAUUGCGGGUCCUAGCUACGAAGGAAGCAUCGAUCGUGCGAAUCAACACAUCAUUGAGCUCGGCGGCUUGCCACAGGAGCUGAAAGGAUUGCCGGAGCAGAUGCGUGUUAACCCGAGGUGUAGCGUGCGUGCUAAGCUUUGGGAGAAGCCUACGCAUGCUACCUGCGACUUCGAAGUGUCGCCUGCGCAGUGUGCCACACUUGCCGCAACCAGCAGCACAAGAUCGCUGAGGUGCAAAGAUGUGCGGCACAUAAAUUACUGCCUUUUCAGGCCGGUUAGCAUCGAACUGUCGGAGCCAGAUCUGACUCAGGCCGUCCCGGGAGUUCAAAAAGAGGACGAUGAAGAGGAGGACGUGGAGGCCAUGAGUUGGCAUCUCUACGAUGAGGUCUUCAAGCCCUUUGCGCUCUCAGCCCAGAAGGCUAUAGGUGCAAUGGAGGCUCGUCUUUCCUUUGAUGUUUCGAUCCUGCUGAUGCCACUUCUCGUUCGACUGAGACAUGCUCAGCGCGAAGAUGCCGGCCACAACAGGCCGACUCCAAGUUACAGCUCAAGCCAUCCAGGCCCAGGCUUGGAGGAAGAGAGCCGGGAAGCAAAUCUCCUUUCGGAGCGCUUUCGCUCUGAGACACGCGGUGGAGUCGCGCAGCCUCCGAUGGAGGCACGAGAGCCUUCCGUCAAGAAGGUUGUUGGAUGUGAUGCCAAGGGUAAUCGAGCUGCAGAUGCGAGACAAAUUCCAGAAGGCCCAUUGCAGGCAGUACUGGAUGGCAUAUGGAGUUACUAUGAUCUAAGAAGCACGUCAUACUUCGUGGAAGCUGUGGGUGUGAGCUCUGUCUUUGUUCGGAACUUCGUAACUUUGCAGAAACCGGUUGUACAUGCGGCUAAGUUGGAGGCUGCUGUAAGCCGGGCAAGCCGUUCGGCAGAGAAGGCUCGCCAACUUGGUAUCGAUGCCGACCAGAUCACCGAGGCUCCCAGCAGCAGCAGCGUGCACUGUGCACUGGACCUUUCAGCAUGGAAGGGCUGUGAACGCUUGGCGACUACGGAGGGUGAAGAGGUCCUGCAGUCGGCAAAGUUGUACGGAAACCUGAAAGCUGCACUCUCUGGCGCAGGCCUCUCCAUCGCAUUUUCCGGACGCCAAGGUCGGAACUUCCGUGAACCAACAUUGACUCUCAAAAAGCUUGCCCAAAAGCUGGCUUCGACUUCGACUGCAGAAGUCGGACAAGUCGCAGCGAGCGACAAUUCUGGCGAAGGGCUUUCGAGACAAGUUGCCCUCGUCUUCGGCUCGGAGGAUGUUGGCCUUUCGACGGAGUCUGUGCUGCUGUGCACAGAUGUCUGUCGACUGCAGACUGGCAGCUGUCCAUCCUUAAACUUGUCACAUGCAGUAGCCGUGGUGCUAGCGCGCAUCUUCGAGGAGGUUCAAGAAGAGCCGCCGUCUUGCUCAAGUGCGCAGGCCACCAAAGCUGCAGCGGACGGAGCUGUGCCCAAAGAUGAGAUCCCAGCGCCGGUGUGGACAUCGGACUGGUCAGAACUGUGUCGUGCUCGCUUGGAGGCGCAGGGCUAUCCAGCGAAGGCAGAGCUUUGGCAUGGCCGUGGACGAAGGAAGUGCCUGUACACUUACCGGCUCUUCCGUGUGGUUGCAGAGUGUGCACGGAGCUUGCAGCGCACAAAUGCAACAGAUUCCGAGGUCAAAGCCUGGACCAAUCUCGUGCAGAGUCUCUCGCAGGCCUCCGGCAAGAACCCUUCAAUACUGAAGUUCACGAUCCAUUUUCUGGAGUCGUGCUGGUUUGCACCGGAGCAGCAGCUGACCAAAGUGAAUGUCAGUCUGAUGGAGAAGAUAUGGAUUCAACGUGCGUUUCAGAAAAGCAGCGAGAUGAGUUGGAGCAAAGCCUUGCAGAGGCGCAUGGCCUUUUAUUUUGACUUGUCUGUGGCUAGGUCGAAGACUAUGAGCUUGGACGUGCCCAAAGAGGCGAAUACCGACACCUUCUGCGAGGGCGGAGGCACCGGUGACACUGGGGGCGAAGCUUCGGGGAGUUCCACUCUGGAAAGCGAGCACGAGUGUCGAUGCCAAGGCGCAAGGGGCAAGGCGUCGAUGGACAUGGACGCCCGGGCAUCGAUGCAAGGGGAGGCCCUGGUUUGUGGCUCUGUGGAUCUAGCCGUGCAGACCGACCUGAAGCAGCAGGCUUUGUUAGAGCGACGUUCUUCGAAGCUUCGCGAUCUCAUGGGGGAGUGCGGGCUGCAGUCGAAGGACUUGCAGAUCUCAGCGCUUCGCCAUCAGGCAUCUGUGCCUGAUGAGGACUCCAGAAAAGCACACCGCAACUCAGGGUAUAGGGCUGCGGCGAAGGAGCGCUUCCGCUUUGAGACUCUCGACUCCGAGCUCGAGGCACUUCUUGAGAAGGCAGCCGGACCAGAGCUGGUCGUUUUCUUGUUUUCCCCGCCCCCGUCCCCUCCCUUCGCAGAGGCGCUGUCUCCUUUGACGGCGAUCUUGACACGUGAGCAGACCGCUCGAACUGUGGCGACGUCCGGACCCUGGCGCAUCUGUGCCGACGUUGCACCGCUGCACCAGUGGAGCGCCUCUAAGACCUCGGCCAGCGGGUGGACCUUUUGCUGGGGCUUUAUUGGUGGUGGUUUGCAGUAUCAGCUCCAGCUGCUGAUGGGAUGGGAGCAACCCGUGCAGAACUGGAGCUGCAUUGAGCAAACUGGAGUAGGAAUGUACCCCCUCCGCAUCUUCGUAGCGAAGAGACGCUUUUGCCAUAAGUACUUCCUGAUUCUGGUAGUCUCGAUCAAGCAGGUCUUGCGAACAAACAGGUGUCUCAAGCAGGCCCUGGCAACCGGACGAGUCGCACGUCGUCACGGCCGCGACAGCUUCAGGUUCCAAAGUAAGGGGGAGCAUGCCGCCGUGAUCUUCAAAAUUGUGAAGUGUACUGUGAAGAGGCGUCUCGUGAAGAUGCUACUGCCCGAGCUGAGGCGAAGUCUCGAAACGAAGCACUUCAAGCAGAGGCACCUGACCACUCCCUGUGACAAGCUGGCCUACCGCAUCCUGCGGCCCGAGCCGGCUCAGGUGGCUUCUCUCCAGGCCACUGCUGUGAAUGCAGAGCUUCGAGACAGGUUGGAGGCCUUAAGCGAGUUGCAGCAGCGGCUGAAGACCGUGAAAUCCCAAUGGCAAGAUGUGGCUGCGUCCUCCCUUUCGCCCGUAAAAGAAGACGAUGUUGCUAUGAGCAUUGCAGAGCCAUGCCUGAUUACCGAGGACCACACUUCCUUCAUGUCACUGGGAGCUGGUGUCGGUGCCGCUGCGGGCGGCAUGGGCGCCUUCAUGCUGUGCGCGUCCAAAUGUCCCGGAGGCAUAGGAGGCUCUUUGGGAGGCAUGCUGGGUGCCAUGAACCCAAUGAAUCUCAUGCCAUUCGGCUCCGAGAAGGAGGAGAAGGAAGCUGAUGAGGUGAAGGAGCCUGAAUCAAAGAUGCAGAAACAGUUGAACUACAUCGAGAAGGAGCUGUGCAACAUGAACUGCAAAAUGGCCGGUCUCAUGGGCGCUGCUGCCGGAGGGGCUGCUGGUCAUGUCGUCGAGAAGAAGUUGAAAGAGAAGUCGGAGGCAGAAGCUGCUGCGGACCAAGAAGCAGAAGCCGAAGAAGCUCCGGCUCCGGCCGCUCCCGCUCCAGCUCCGUACAAAGGUGGUGGAAAAGGUGGCUACGGCUAUCCCCCGCCGCCGCCUCCAGGAUACUACCGACACCCGCCGCCUCCGUACCGACGUCCUCCACCCUACUACCACGGCGGCGGAGGUGGCCCACCCCCGCGGCAGUCGUUCAUGUGA